UUUCGCAGCCGGGCCCAGCAUGGCUGCCUCCAGGGCUGCGGGCCCGGGCGCCGCCGCGCGCUCGCGUUCCUGACAGCCUCUGGCUUCUGUGCGCUCCUUGCUUUCCCCCGGCCACCCCAGCAGACAUGUUUGCCAAGGCCUUUCGGGUCAAGUCCAACACGGCCAUCAAGGGGUCGGACAGGAGGAAGCUCCGGGCUGACGUGGCGGCUGCUUUUCCCACCCUGGGCACAGAUCAGGUCUCUGAGUUAGUCCCUGGCAAGGAGGAGCUCAACACUGUGAAGCUGUAUGCCCACAGAGGGGAUGCCGUGACUGUGUACGUGAGUGGUGGUAACCCCAUCCUAUUUGAACUGGAGAAAAAUCUGUACCCGACAGUGUACAUGCUGUGGUCCCAUCCCGAUCUCCUACCGACCUUCACAACAUGGCCUCUGGUCCUGGAAAAACUGGUGGGGGGAGCAGAUUUGAUGCUGCCGGGACUUGUGGUGCCCCCUGCUGGUCUGCCUCAGGUACAGAAGGGCGACCUCUGCGCCAUUGCCUUGGUGGGGAACAGAGCCCCAGUAGCCAUUGGAGUUGCUGCCAUGUCCACAGAAGAAAUGCUGACGUCAGGCCUGAAGGGAAGGGGCUUCUCUGUGCUCCACACGUACCAGGACCACCUGUGGCGAUCUGGAGACAAGUCCUCUCCACCUUCCAUUGCUCCCCUGGUGGUGGAUCCUGCAGAUCUCAGUGAUGACAAGGAAUCUGUCCAGGUGGACCCCGUGCUGCAGGGAGAGGAGGAGGGGAAUGGGGAGACGGCUCUUUCAGAAGCCACCAGCGCUGGGGGCCAGGACCAAGACCCCACAGACAGCAGAACCCUUCAAGAGCGAAUGGAUGAGCUGUUGCAGCAGUGUUUCUUGCACGCCUUGAAGUGCCGCAUCCGGAAGGCCGACCUCCCGUUGCUCACCAGCACGCUCCUCGGCAGCCACAUGUUCUCCUGCUGCCCUGAGGGACACCAGCUGGACAUAAAGAAGUCAAGCUACAAGAAGCUCUCCAAGUUCCUGCAGCACAUGCAGCAGGAGCAGAUCGUGCAGGUGAAGGAGCUCAGCAAAGGGGUGGAGAGCAUUGUGGCUGUGGAUUGGAGACACCCGAGGAUCACAUCUUUCGUCAUACCCGAGCCCUCCCCGACCUCCCAGAGUGUGCAGGAGGGUAGCAGGGAGCAGCCCUAUCGCCCUCCAGACAUAAAACCCCUCUACUGUGUCCCAGCCAACAUGACCCUGCUCUUCCAGGAGUCUGGCCACAAGAAGGGGAGUGUUCUCGAGGGCAGUGAGGUCCGAGCCAUCAUCAUUAACUAUGCCAAGAAAAAUGACCUGGUUGAUGCAGACAACAAAAAUCUUGUGAAAUUGGACCCCGUCUUGUGUGACUGCCUUCUAGAGAAACAUGAACAGCACACCGUCAUGAAGCUUCCGUGGGACAGUCUUGUGACCAGGUGCUUGGAAAAACUGCAGCCUGCCUAUCAGGUGACCUUUCCCGGACAAGAGCCCGUCAUGAAGAAAGGGAAAAUCUGUCCAAUUGACAUCACCCUAGCACAGAGAGCUUCUAAUAAAAAGGUGACUGUGGUCCGGAACUUGGAGGCCUAUGGUCUGGACCCGGGCUCCGUAGCUGCCACCCUCCAGCAGCGCUGCCAGGCAAGCACCACCAUCACUCCCGCCCCUGGGGCCAAGGACAGCCUACAGGUGCAGAUCCAGGGGAACCAGGUCCACCACCUGGGCCGGCUGCUGCUUGAAGAGUAUCACCUCCCUCGAAAAUACAUCCAGGGCCUGGAAAAGGCCCCCAAAGCCGGCAAGAAGAAGUGAAUGACUCUUGUUCCAUGCAUGGAUCCAGUGAAGUCCAACUCGGGGAUGGUCAUUUAUAUGAGUGUUUUCAACUUUUGCAAAUCAAAAAUAUAAUAUUCUUUACCAAAAUAAAUUUUUAUU